UUGGAGAAGGGCGCCGUUAUGCCAUGGGUGCAUAAGGGAUCCCAGUGCUGGUUCCAUAGGGUUGCGGGCCAACCUAUUCCCAACCCUUGCCACAUGCCAACGCACUUUAUGCUGCCAGGUGCCCAAACAGGACGGGAUAGACGACUGCGGGGUCUACACAAUGCGUUUUAUGCACCAUCUAGUGGAGACCAGAUUUGCAGAUCUCGGACAAAUCGAGCUGGAGGGAGAUCCAAAAGCGUGGCGGAGGCAGUAUCGGCGAGACCUGCGGAAAUGGUCAAUGUACUACAAUGAGUACGAGCAGAAGCUCGCCUGCCUCUCAGAUGUCACUGCGCCUACGUGAUCUGUCUAGAGGACGCUUAACCCAUGUAA